CAAUUCGUGUUUCGCAAUAGAUAUUGCCUUCAUCGUCGAUCCAUUCUCCUGUACCUAAAUUGCCAAUUAUAUACGUGAUUGAAAUAUGUUAACAACGUAGCUUUUGAGUCAUCUGCAAUGACGCGGUUCCCUCGCCAUAAAUGUUCGCUGAUGCGUGUGGAAGUCGCCUUGACGACUAAUAAAUCGUGUCAUUGGCUGACGAGGAGUAAAUCUCCCAUGAACGUCCUGAUGUUGGGGGCGCGGGAGGGGGAAUAAAUAAAGAAAUCACAAGUCCUAGAAGUCACCGAGGGUGGAAACCAGAUUGCACCAAAACUAAAAGCGGCAGAAGCUGUGUAUGGAGACUGCCUCAUACAGCCCUUCCCUUGACACCAUCAAAAUGCAAGUGUAUUUUGAUGUGAGUUACACUUCUAAACGGGAGUUCCUUAAGGAAAUUAACUGGAUGCUGGAGUCCAGACUAAACCAAGUGAGCAGAGACAUCACUGAAAGUAAGAUGAAGACAAAAGAGCAAUUUGAUGCCCUUUAUCGCAAAAUCAUUAAUUACAUCCUGCUCGGCUCUGGCAUGGGCUCACCUUCUGAUGUCAGCUCUGUGCAAGAGGCUACAGCUGCCUUGCAGAGCAUCUUUCCAUUGAAUGAACUGGGAACUUUUAUGGUGCUCUCAAAGAAAGAGAAGGAGCAACAGCUUUCUGAGCUCACCAUGACUGUCACAGGAAUUCGACUCUUCAACAAAGCCACCAAGAAAGAACAAGAGAUGGACCUUACCGAACUAAUACCUGCUGUUCUCUGCGAAGCACUUUCGAUCACCAAUGAAGCCAUUGAGAAUGAGAUGGGUGUCUCCCAGCGAUUGGCGUGGAACUACACGGCACUGUUAGAAAAAUAUAAUGGCAGUCAACUCAGCGAAUACGAUGUGUCCUUGAUUCGACUAACACAGGCACUCUAUAAUGUCAGGCAGCAUGAGAUUUUUCUUCAAAUAUUACUGGCUGAUUCACGCGUAUGUGCAAAAAGAAUUGAAAUCUUGAAGAAGGACAUCUGCUCACAGAUAAAUCUGCUGAAAACUUCAGUGCAGCCCAAGACAGCUGUACUCUCAUCGAAGGUUUUUCCAUUGUUCCAGGCCCUGGCAAAACUGUGGUCGGAGCUUCAGGAUGAGGCAGAAUUACUAAAUAUCUUCAACAACAUUGCUUUCAAAUUGCAGUUCUUCCGUACCUCUGAGGACACCAUUUUUUCCAAAGAUCUUUUGGACAACCUAUUGGAGGGAAUAGAAGUCAAAACAGACAAAGAAAGACUGAACGAGCACUCAAGUGACCGUAUUGAUCCAGGACAUAUGAAACAACAUGAAUGGCUCCAGCCAGAACCUACCACCAAUCUCACUGAGCUCCCAUUACAGUAUAAUGGAUUUUGUGGCUACACGCUUGUUCACAAAGAUGGACUUAUUCUUCCAGGAAAUCCAUGCAUCGGCGUGCUCAAGCACAAGGCGAAACUAUAUGUCUUCAAUUCCAAAGAAGCUGCAUUUCAAUUUGCCCACAACCCUGAUUACUUCAUUGCACUGGUCGAAGAAAAAGCCAAGAGUUUACCUGAAUUGAUGAAACUCCUCAAGCUCCAUCAAACUCCAUCUUGUGUGCAACCAGGAAAGCCUUCACUUGGGAGUCAGUCUGAGAGCUGCACUCAAACAGAUCUUCAUCCAUUGGUGACAAACAUGGUCAAGUCAUAUGAAUGGAACGAGUGGGAACUGCGAAGGUCAGCUAUCAAACUGGCUGAUCUUCAGACAACAGUCACCCACUCAUCUCAGACCCACCUGAGCCAUAUGAGACGGGAAAAUGAAACUCAAACUUGGCUCCCCAAGGAAGUUGGUUGUCAAUGCAAAAGAGAUGGUGAAACAGGUGUGCCCAGACCUCAGAUAUUCCUGGCAGGGCUGAGAGGAUGUAGAGAUGGACGUAUGGAGAAAGUAAACCUGACUAGAUCUAUUCAUGAAUAAAUGGUAUUUCAAAGAAUGAAGAAAAACAAAUUCUGAGAGCUAUUUAUUUAACCAUUUAUUCAGUUUUAUAAGAGCUGUCUUGCAAUUCAGGCAUUUCUGGAGCCAUUUUUAAUUGCGUGAUUCAAUAACUAUACUUUACUUGCAUGGGUGUCCAAACCUGUCCUCAAGGGUUGCUGUGUGUGCUGGU